AUGUACCAACAGCUCGUCAAUCUCCCGAGCUCCAUCCUCGACUCGCCUCACAACGCCGUCGUCAUCCCGCCCAUCUUCUACAACUCCGCCCAGAUGGCUUCGCAUUGCCGCUCCCUCGCUAGCUGCAUCUCUCUAAGCCAGAAAAAGGCGCCGAAAACGCAGAAGGAAGCGGAGGAAUGCGUGCGAAAAAAGCUCUGUUUGCUCUCCAAAGAAGGCGGCCAUGCGCACAUGCUGGUUACGAAGAAGUGGUUUAAUUUCCCGGAACACAAAAAAGUCGCAAAGAUUAAAUGUUUCCCUUACCAGCUGCAGGAGCCGUAUGUAAUGCUGAAAUACACGGAGAAUACGCCGUUGUAUGACGAAAGGUUCGUGAAUUAUGGGUACAACAAGAUCCAGUUUAUCGAGCAGCUGAAGUACUAUCUUGACGCGUUUUACAUUCUGCUGCACGAGUUUGCUGUGGAUGCAUAUCAUACCAAAUCCCCGCAAGCGAAGGAGUUUAAGCGAUCGAUUAACUCGUCGCAAAAGCCGGCAAUGGACGUGCUGUGGGGUAUUUUCCGAUCGGAGCUUCGCACGGCGAUGCUUCGCCAGAGGAAGAAGAUUCGAAGCUGUUCUGUGAUGAGAGAAAUGUAUGCGUAG